AUGGAUACUGCGGGCUGUACAACUGCCUCUUCUUCAACACUACUCCCAAACUGCUCUAGGAUUACAAAUGUUAGGACCACCGCUUCCCACCACAGCUGCCAAGCCACUGGCCGGGUGCUGAGAAAGCCGCAGCCCCAGGGCUGCCAACCCAGUGCUGGCUUUUGUGGCACACCCAUCUGCCGAACAGACACCUUCAGUGCCUGUCUCCCUCUGGAUGGCCGCGGCUGGUGUGGCGACGGUCUCAACAGCUCGGAGAAAGAGACUAUGCGAAUCUUGAACCAUCGCCUCGCCAAGUACCUGGAGAAGGUGCAGAUGCUGGAGCGAGAGAACAUGGAGCUAGAGUGGAAGAUCCAGCAGGAGUGCAGCAAGGAGGUCCCUGUCGUGUGUCCCGAGUACCUGUCCUACUACACUGCCAUCGAGGAGCUCCAGCAGAAGAUCUUGUGUACCAAGGCUGAGAAUUCCAGGCUGGUCUCACAAAUUGACAACACCAAACUGGCUGCUGAUGACUUGAGAGCAAAGUAUGAAGCAGAGGCGUCCCUACGCCAGCUGGUGGAGGCAGACGCCAAGGGCCUGCAGCAAAUCCUAAAUGCGCUGACCCUGGGCAAGACAGACCUGGAGGCCCGGAUGGGGUCUCUGAAGGAGGAGCUCCUCAUCCUCAAAGACAACCAUCAAGGGGAAAUCCAUUCCUUACAGAGUCAGCUUGGAGACCGAUUCAACAUUGAAGUGACCGCUGCCCCUUCGGUUGACCUGAACCAGGUUCUACAAGACAUGAGAUGUCAAUAUGAGUCUAUUGUCGAGACAAACCACCGAGAUGUAGAACAAUGGUUCAACAUGCAGAUGGAAGAGCUAAACCAACAAGUGGUGACCAGCUCGCAGCAGCAGCAGUGCUGCCAGAGAGAGCUCAUUGAACUGAGGCGUGCCCUGAACACCCUGGAGAUUGAGCUGCAGGCCCAACACCGAAUGAGAGACUCUCAGGAAGGCAUCCUGGCGGAGACAGAGGCCCGCUACACCGCCCUCCUGGGCCAGAUCCAAGGUCUGAUCAACAGUCUGGAGGCACAGCUGACGGAGAGCCGGUGCGCCCUAGAAAGACAGAACCAAGAAUAUGAAAUUCUUCUGGACAUCAAAUCCCGACUGGAGUGUGAGAUCGCCACUUACCGCAGCCUCCUGGAGAGCUUGGAUGGCAAGCUUCCCUGUAACCUGUGUGCCACCAAACGUGACCCUUCCACUGGCACAUCCUGGAAGGCCAGGGCCAUGGAAGGCAUGGUGCCAGUGUCUGCAUCAUGCAGCUGCUGUGCGUCCCUUGCCCGCCAUGGAUUCCAUGAGCCCUGCAGUGUCUGUAGAUCCCUGCCGCGGAUCCUAGUGAAGAUAUGCACGACCACCAAGGAGAUUAAGGAUGGGAAGGUCAUUUCAUCCCACGAGCACGUGCAGCCUUGCUACAUCACCAGAGCUGCUAAAGUCUAGCAUUCCCGGGUGAUGCAAAUGGCCCACAUUCAUGAAACAGAAGCCAACACAUGUCCCUGCCCUGAAGGUCAAGUAUUCCCCGUUCUGCUGAAGGUACUUAGAUUCCCCUCGCCCCAGCAGGUCCCAGUUGCUAGACGGAGUAACAUCUAUUCCACCCCUUC